CCAAAAAUACAAAAAAGCUUCAACCUUUAUUGCUUUCAUUCUUGUGGGUAUUUUGCAAAAAUAAUUUCUUGAUUGAUUAUCCAAAGAUUCACUAGAAAGAUUUGAACUUUUUACUUCUUGUUCGAUUUGGGGAAAAUCCUAUUAAAGAUUUAUGCAAGAAUUGAGUUUUAAGCGACUCAGUGAGUGAAGAUUUUGACUUUUAGAUACAGUCUUUGUAUCUAUGGAAGCUUACAAGAUAUGGGUUAGGAAGAACAAGGAGUAUGUUCAUUCUUUAGAGUCUCUUGCUAAUGGGUUGACAUGGCUUCUUCCUGAGAGAUUUUCUGAGUCGGAAAUCGUACCAGAAGCAGUAACAUCAAUAUUGGGUAUAGUGACUUCCAUCAAUGACCAUAUAAUUGAAACAACUCCAUCGACUCCAUCCCAUAUGCAUACAACACCCCCACAACCAUCUUCGUUUCCGUAUUCUUUGUGUCUGACUCUGAUGAAAGACGUGGAAACGUUGGUUGAAGUAAUGGCACAACAUUUCUAUGGUGACGAUAAUAAAUGGAAUUUCAUUGCCGUUACAGAAGCUACAAAGGUACUCGCUAGACUAGCUUUAUUACGAAAUAGUGGAUACAAGAUGCUAUUACAUGGAGGGGAGACAAUGAAUGAUGGAAAAGAUCCAAAGGAUGCAAACCAACAGCAGAAACGUGGACGUUUGUUACAGCAGGGACGAAAUGGUAUAUUCACUCCUGAAGGACGAGCUCUUUCUGCAAUGAAUAGCUUUGGAGAAAAUGCAAGGAAACUUUCUGAUCCAACAUGGUUUCGCAGAGCUGAACAUCAUCAACGUGCGAUUAUGGAGCUCCCGGAAACCAAGAGACCUACCCUCUCAACUUUCUUGUCUAAAAAUGGUCUUCCCGGGAAAUUACUUCUAAUGGGAGAGCUAAUGUUCAUUGCAAGACCACUUAUUUAUGUUUUACUGAUAAGAAAAUACGGAUCCCGAUCAUGGCUUCCAUGGUUCACGUCUUUGACUAUUGACCUCAUUGGGAUGAGUUCAUCAAUGAUUUCGUCAAUCUGUCAAAAAGACCGGCAGCUUCAUCUAACUGAUCCGGAGAAAGAUGAGCUGAGAAGGCGAAAAUUGUUGUUGGCACUUUACCUCAUGAGAGAUCCGUGCUUUGGAAGAUAUACAAGGCAAAAACUUGAAAGUACAGAGAAAACGCUGGAAUAUGUCCCCGUUUUCGGGUUUCUUGCAGCUAAGCUAAUUGAGCUUUUGGUCGGAGCCCAAACACGUUACACAUAUAUGUCGGGUUCAUGAUUGAGAUGUAUAUGAAAUGAGAUAGUCAUAAAGUUACUUUGAAAAGUUUGAAAUGUAUGUAUAAGCAGCAUUCAUAUCCAGGUUCUUGUGUUAGAUUUUGUUAUAAUUUAUGAAAAUAGAUGAUUAUGGGAUAAUGUUGUUGCUUAACUUAUUCGAGGUAAUUCUUGGAUGUUUUAGAUCUUUUAUGUAUUUAAAAAAUAGACCUCGUCCCCAAGGGUUUUUCCUUUUUGUAUUUGAACGGUAAGAAGUAUAAAAUAUCCUGACGAUUAUUCGAA